AUGAAAGCUGCUCGAUACUACGGCAAGCGCGAUAUCAGGAUUGAGACGAUCCCUGACCCACCGCCCCCAGGACCAAACGAGGUGACGAUUGACGUCUAUUGGGGCGGCAUCUGUGGAACUGAUCUCCAUGAAUACACAUCCGGCCCUUGGACAAUAAACACGCCCGAAAAGCCACACGGCAUAACCAAAGACCAUCUGCCCGUCGCUUUCGGUCAUGAAUUCACCGGUCGGGUCUCCGCGUUGCCGUCGGGGUAUCCUGCCGACGGCCCCCUAAAGCUAGGCACGCCCAUCAUGGUCGAUCCACGCAUUCUCUGCCGGAAAUGCACGGCAUGCACGAGUGGGUGUGACAAUAUGUGCAGCAAUUGGGGAUACAUUGGCCUCAAUGGCGGCGGAGGCGGCGGUGCGGGCUUCAGUGAAAAGGUUAACGUCGAAACGAGGAUGUGCCAUAUUCUCCCUGACGAUGGAAGUGUGGAUCUGAAUAGUGUUGUCCUGUGUCAGCCACUAACGGUAGGACGGCAUGCACUGUCAGCGAGCGGGAUCAAGGACUUCACAGGAUUGAACGUGCUUGUGCUCGGGGGUGGUCCGGUGGGUUUGGCCGUCCUGCUGAAUCUGCGAGCGAAAGGGGUGGGUGCUGGUCUCAGUGGGAGGGUUCUUAUUUCCGAGCCAACCGCCAAACGGAGUGAAAUGAUUCGAAGGUUGGGACUGGUCGAUCCUCAGGAUCUUUUAGACCCGCUAGCCUCAAGUGUGGUCGAGAUUUGUAAAGCCAGGACACAAGGGAGAGGAGUGGACAUUGUGUUCGACUGUGCUGGCGCCGAGGCGGGCAUGCUGGCAGGCAUGGAAAGCUUGAGGCUAAAGGGAACAUACCUCAACAUCGCCGGGUGGAAGCAGCCCUUCAAGAUCCCGAUGCAAUUUGCCUUCUACCGGGAGCUAACCAUUAAGUUCUCCAUGGGGAACAAUGACAACGAUUAUCGGGAAGUGGUGGAGGACUUUGUGGCGGGCAAAUUCGCUGGCGCCGAGGCUCUGAUCACGCGAAGGCUCCCGGUCGAGGAGUUGGCGGAGAAGGGCCUGGAAGAGCUGGUGAGAAACAAGGAUGACCAUGUCAAGAUUGUGGCGACGUGGAGGAAGGAUCUAUUGAAUCUGUAG